UAUUAGAUCAGCGUAUAGCUGUGUGUAGGUUUCUAGUCAAUAUCAUAUCAUUGAUUAAUUGGCCGCGGUGGAUAUACGCUCGGCGCUUUAACAGAAAUGGCAAUCCAACCAGAAACUAACCUAGCAACCAGCUUUAUGGUAAAUCGGUCACCAAGAAAUCAUUCAUAAUGGGAGAAACAUAUUUGCACGUGACUUCACCGGAAGUCUACAGUAAACGUUUCUCGGAUUACGUCAAACAAUUUCACGCUGAUGACGUCGAAGACGUAAAAGGAGAAGAAAGGCGACACAAAAGCAAAAAUCCACAACUUAGUAAAUCCAAAAUUCGAAGCCAGAAUCCGCGUCGAAUGAGUGAAUCUUCCAUGCUUCCACCUAUUAACACCACGGCAGGAGUGUCAACGCCAUCUUUUUCCAACGGUGUGUGGAAAUUUCAAACUUCGAAUCCCGCUCAUGGAAAAUCAAAUAGUAAAACUACACGUAGUGUUGGACAAACUAUUUUACUCAAGGAAUCUCAAAAUUCGCCGACUUCGCGUAAAGAUGGAAAAACUUUAAAAACAACAACGACAUCUUUAGACAUUAGAAAAUCUCCCGAAACUUUGCGUCUCACCCCUAUAAUUCCAAACGAUAGGAGAUAUAAAACAGAGAAAAAGGUUCCAAGUAAAGCAACCAACGAAAACACUCCACGUCUCGCGCCUAAAGCGUCAAAUGACCAUCAUAAAUCAAAAAGUAAAGUGAAUAAAAACCAGAAGUUAAAACCGUUUGACGAACCGUUUUCUAUUCGACGGAAAAUCGAACAAUUUAAACGCUGGCACGAGGAGCAGUAUUUACAAAAAUUGCAAAAAUUGAAACAGGAAACAGAAAUAAAAAUAGAUAUUCCCAAACCGAGGGCAUCUCUUGAUAAAGACGUCCCCAAGUUAAAAAUGAGUGACAAAGAAGGUCCACUCCUACCUAAAACUGAAAAUGAUAACCUGAAUUCUGGAGACGAGGUCGAUUCGGGUAAUGGAUCCGCUUUCAAUUUAUCUUCCAUUAUGAAAUCUACAACAAGCAGACACAAGUCGGCUAAAACAUGGAAAACGUGGCGUGACGUCAACGAUUCCUACGCCUACACGGAUGUGACGAAAUAUAUUGAAGAUAACGAACUGAUGACACCCGAGAAAGAGACGUGGAUAAAAGAAUGGGCGGACGAAGUAGACCGUGCCUACUUUCAUAACACUACCUCUAAUAAAAAUGAACCAUUGACAAUUUCAGAAACCUAAUAACGUUUGUAACCCUUGUAUUUAACGACAGGUGGUGUUUGAACUGUUCUACUAUAAGGUUACAAUUUAUAAAACUAAUUCGUAAUUCGUUUUAAAAACUAUUGUUGGCAAAAAAGGGCUUUGUGGAUAUUGUUAAAUUCUUCCAUUGAAGUUUUAAUGAAAAAUGAAAUAUAUUAAAAUAUCGACGGUUUUAUUAAAGAUAUUACGGUGCAAAGUGCUAAUGAUGUAUAGAUCGGAAACUAUAAUAGGUAGGCCUAUAAUAUUUAGUUCCGGCUACAAGUUAUGGAUAUUCCGUCCAGAUAAUGUUUAGUUCCGACUACACGUUAUGGAUAUUCCGUCCAAAUAAUGUUUAGUUCCGGCUACAGGUUGUGUAUAUUCCAUCCUGAUAAUGUUUAGUUCUGACUACACGGUAUGUAUAUCCCGUCCAGAUAAUGUUUAGUUCUGACUACACGUUAUGGAUAUUCAGUCCAGAUAAUGUUUAGUUCCGGCUACAGGCCCUGUAUAUCCCAUCCUGAUAAUGUUUAUUUCUGACUACACGUUAUGUAUAUUCCGUCCAGAUAAUGUUUAGUUCUGACUAUAUGUUAUGUAUAUUCCGUCCAGAUAAUGUGCAGUUCUGACUACAUGUUAUGUAUAUUCCGUCCAGAUAAUGUGCCAAAUCAAUAAGACUUUGGUGAUUUUAGGGAAGAUUUUAUUCUGUUUAAAUGACGGCGAGGGAUGUGUAACAUGUAACGGCCUAGUGAACGGUAUCGUGUCCGCGAUGUUGCUGUUCGGUCUAGUGAACGGUAUCAUGUCCGGGAGUCGCUGUUCAGCCUUGUGAACGGUAGCGUGUCCGGGAUGUCACUGUUCGGGCUAGUUAACGGUAGGCUAUCGUGUCCAGGGUGUUACCGUUCGGCCUGUUGAACGGUAUCGUGUCUGUGGUGUCGCCGAUCGGCCUAGUGAACGCUAUCCCUGUCUCGCCUCGUGACAGACAACUCCUCCCUGUCCAUCCUCUUUUUAGACAACACCUCCCUGUCGACACCCUUGAUAGACAACACCUCCCUGUUGACACCCUUGAUUGACACCUGUCUCAGAAUGUCGUAUUUUUAUACAUAUAUAUAUAUAGUAUUAUAAAAUGUGCUAGAAAUAUAAACGAAUACGUCACGUGUCAACCCAAAAUAGACAACAGAUAUUUGUAAGCAUACCCUGCCUAAUACAGGAUAUCCGCCACGUGUUAUAGGUAGCUUAGAUGAGUUCCCGGACAGAGUCAAUGUUUGUUUUCAAUUUACAUUUACAGUCUGUGAUAUUUCAUUAAAUUUGUGUAGAGACAUAGUGUAUGCAAACAUCAUGUUAUAUGAAAACGAAGAGCCCAGGGGAAGAACAUUUCUAAGUCACAUUUUGUCUUUUCGCUUAAAAAGCAAAAUAGACUUUUGGACGAGAAUGUUUGACACGAACAGAACAACAAGUGGGUUUAAUUACAACUUCAAUAUGAUGCUUAUACGAACCCUAUAUAAUUACCAGUACAACACACUUCAACUUUUCAGGCAAAUUAAGGUUAUAUAAAGAGUACGGUGGACUUGUAUUUGUCCGGGAGGUCAUUUCAGAAGAGCCUUGGUUCGAUGUGACUCCGAUUGUUUUUACCUGAAAUAGAUUGUUCCACAGAAAGUUUAUACAAUUUGCUACCAGAUGGCGCCAUUCACUGGUGUUCAUUGAAAAAGUGACUUAGAUCGUUCAUCCCCGGGGCUGUUCAAACAUAGUAUGUGCAUGUAAUGCCUAGUUCACAAACCGCCGUAUACCGUAUGGCUGGUUGUGAGCUCGGGUUAAAACGUGUUAUUUAUAAGGGUCAGGGUUGGGUGGGAUGUAUUUUAUGUUAUUUAUUAAGGUCAGGGCUAGUUCUGAUGUAUUUGUAUAAUAUUUAUUAAAAUAGUUGGCAUAAAUCAUUUGUUUAUUAAUAUCUUCGUAAAGCCAAGUCUUUCAUCUUGGCAUGAAUCAUUUGUUUGUUAAUAUCUUCGUAAAGCCCAGUCUAUCACCUUAGCAUGAAUCUUUUUUUUA